AUGGAUGAAGAAAGUGAUAUGAGGGAAUGGAGCUUAGAUGAAGAAAUCCUUUUGUUUGAUCUUAUGUGUGAUUUCAAACCCGCGGGACAUAAUAAAGAUAAACAAAUGAAUACAAUUGUCGAAAAGAUGAACAAAAGUAUAUCAGAAGGUACGAGGGCAUUUUCUGCCGAAGAUAUAUGGACAAAACUUGGAGGAAUGUACGAUUUGGAACGAGUAGAUGAAUUGGAGGACUAUAUAGAUGAAGAUGAAGAUACAGGCGAGGAAAAUGAUAUACAAAGUGAUAAGGAAGAAGAUAACAAAGAAGAUAUCAACGCAACAAACAAAGACUCAGAUUCUUCGGGAUUAAGUGACGUUGAGACAGAUUUGCCGAGUGAUAAGGAGGAAUUGGAGGUACCGAAAAGUGGAAGCAGAGGUAAUAAUAAGAAUAAGAAGGAAAGAGGUCGUAAGGUGGACUUGAAGGAAGAAAGUACAGAUGUGGAAACGAAAGAUUCAGAAGUUAAGAAUGAAGAUGCAAAUGACGGUGGUGAAAAUAAUGAAGAUGGUGAUGAGGAAAACGAUGAUAAUGAUGAAGAUGAUGAAGAUGAGGAUGAACAGGAUGAUGAAAAUGAUGAAAAUGAAGGUGGUGAAGGUUCAUUACCAAAAAGAGUGACACGGGGUGCAAGAAAACACCAACACGAACUUACCGAGCAAACAGGAACACCCAAGUCAAAGAAGAGAACCAGGUCUAGUGCAAAAUUGGAUGCGGUAGAGACUCCACCUCCAAGUAAACGUGGUCAAAAAGCAUCGACACCUCCAGCACAACAAACACCAACAGCUUCGGCUAAGAGAAGAAAGAAAUCCGAAGUCCAAGAAUCGGAAACAGACAAGAGCAACACUAGAAGGAGUACAAGAUCUUCGGUUCCAGCGACGACACCUCUGAAACCACAAGCGCCACCAAUAAGACGAAGUUCAAGAAAAAAAUGA